AUUUAAUUGAUAAGAGUAAGCCAAAAAUAAUAUUUUAUUAGCUGAAAGAAAGUGGACACGACGAUGUUAGACUUGGCUCGCUACGGUUAUUUCUGCUUAAACAAAACUCAAUUCGAAUAGAUUUAAGCAGUUACAACUCGACGAACUUUCAUCUUGAAAGUCAAGCUGAACAAUAAUGUAAGUGAAAGAGGAAAAAAGAUAAACAAAAAAGCGAGUAAGAAAUGUUGAUUGCGUAUUGGGGCAAGAAAGGAAGGAAGAAAGGCGGCUAAAGAGUAGGGAAGGAUCGAUCAUUCGAUAAACUUUAAAUACUUUGUCGAAAUUGCAGGGAGGCGCAGGAUUGGCAGGGGACUCGCGGUGCUGAACAAUGGCAGAUCUGAAGAAUCUCACACUCGCCACUGGCGCUGGUUCGCAGUAUAAUGGCGACGAGCAGGUGCAAUUCGUACCUGGCGGAAGUCAUCAGGUGACGAUUCGCUCACCCCCGCCAACACUCCAUCUUGAAAAUCUCAAUAAUGCAGUACUCGGGGGCUCGCAGAACAACCUGCACUGCGUCUGCAACGGGGCUACGGCGGCGAACGGGAACGCGGGUACCGUCUGCAGCAGUGGUGUGCUCGCGCGGAAGGUGCCCAAUCACAGCGGAGCGAGUCCAGGACAGCCGUAUAAGAAGCCCGCGGUCUCGCUCACUCAUUUGCCAAAGAGGCCGCCCGUCGACAUAGAGUUUAAGAAUCUCGCCUACAGCGUUUCCGAGGGCAGACAGAGAGGCUACAAGACUAUAUUGAAGUGCGUGCAAGGAAAAUUCAGAUCCGGAGAGCUGACUGCCAUAAUGGGCCCUUCCGGUGCGGGGAAAAGCACGCUCAUGAAUGUUCUCGCUGGUUACAAGACGUCCAACCUCAGUGGCUCGGUUUUAAUAAAUGGAAAGGACAGAAAUCUACGAAGAUUUCGUAAAAUGUCCUGCUACAUUAUGCAGGACGAUCGUCUUUUGCCGCAUUUGACCGUUUACGAAGCAAUGACGGUCUCGGCGAAUCUCAAGCUUGGCAAAGACAUAAGUGCUGCAGCAAAAAAAGUUGUGAUCGAAGAAAUCAUCGAAACGCUCGGCCUAAGUGACGCAAGUAAUACACAAACCCAUUGUCUUAGCGGUGGCCAAAGAAAGAGAUUAUCGAUAGCUUUGGAGCUGGUGAACAAUCCACCGGUCAUGUUCUUCGAUGAGCCGACAUCCGGUCUCGACAGCUCAUCCUGUUUCCAAUGUCUCAACUUACUUAAGUCGUUAAGUAGGGGAGGAAGAACAAUCAUUUGCACGAUUCAUCAGCCAAGCGCAAGAUUGUUCGAGAUGUUCGAUCACCUGUACAUUUUAGCGGAAGGUCAGUGCAUCUAUCAAGGGAAUGUGGGUGGACUCGUACCAUUUCUCUCAUCGAUGUGCCUCGACUGCCCAGGUUAUCACAAUCCUGCCGAUUACGUGAUGGAGGUCGCAUGCGGCGAGCACGGCGAGUGCGUGCACAAGCUCGUCUGCGCGGUGAACAAUGGCAAGUGCAACAAUUACCAGCACCACCAAGCGACCCUCGUGGCCGCGCAGACCGUCUCUAACGACAUCGCGAAGCAGUCGCCGCCCCAGGAGCAGCAGUCCAAGCCCCCGGAGAUGACGGUCCUUAUGACGAACGGCGUGGCCAAGCCGACAGCCGCCGGCGGCAACGGGGCCACCGUCCUCAGCAUGCCCGUAUCCUGCACGACUUCGCUCCUCGACAGCGCCGAGAGCAUCGAGCAGAAGGUCGGCUUCCCCACCAACGGCUGGAUACAGUUUUGGAUAUUGCUCAAGAGGACCUUCCUCUCGCAAAUCCGGGAUAUGACAUUGACGAGGGUAAGGCUGAUUUCACACAUUAUAGUGGGUUUUCUUAUUGGUGCGAUUUACUACGACAUUGGCAACGAUGCCUCAAAGGCCAUGAGCAACGCUGGUUGUGUGUUUUUUACCGUCAUGUUCAUCAUGUUCACCGCCAUGAUGCCGACUAUUCUCACUUUUCCAGUCGAAAUGGCCGUUUUCGUGAGAGAACAUUUGAAUUAUUGGUAUUCCCUUAAGGCGUUUUAUUUGGCCAGAACCUUAGCUGACAUACCCUUUCAGAUUGUCUAUUCGAUAGCUUACGUUAUAAUAGUUUAUUUCAUGACGUCACAGCCAUUGGAAACCGACAGGUUUCUCAUGUAUCUCAACAUAUGCAUUUUGACAUCGUUAGUGGCCCAAUCGAUCGGUUUGCUGAUCGGCGCAGCAAUGAGUGUCGAGACUGGUGUGUUCAUCGGGCCGGUGACGUCGGUGCCGAUCGUCUUAUUCUCCGGCUUCUUCGUCAACUUUAACGCGAUCCCCGCCUACCUCAGGUUCCUCUCUUACGUCUCGUACAUACGCUACGGCUUCGAGGGCGCGAUGAUCACCGUCUACGGGUACAACCGGCGCUCCCUCAAGUGCUCCGAAGACUUUUGCUUAUACAAGUCACCCCGCAAGUUCCUCACUGACAUGUCCAUGGACAAGGCCGUAUAUUGGAUCGACGUUGUCGCCCUCGUCGGCUUCCUCAUCGCCCUGCGCAUCGUCGCCUACUUCGUGCUCAGGCUCAAGCUGCGCUCCCUACGCUAAGCAAAACCUCGACACAACUACGAACGCCCAGUAAGGCGUCCUUGGAAGGAACGAACCCACCACAUCAUCACUAUACAUCACUCGCCCUCGCGCGUGUCUGUACAUAUACAUAUGCAUAAGUGCAAGCAUAUACACACGCGCGUUACAAUCGCAUACGCGCAUUAUGCAUAUAUGCCCACGACGUUGUGUACACACACGUGUCCCUAUAUCUAUAUGCAUACGUGCACGUAUACGUAUGUCAAUGUAUUUGUAUGGGCAAUAAUGGGACGGAGAUAGUAUCGCUGCACACGCUUUAUUCACGUACACAAAACGUGUUCAUAAACGGAGGAUAUUUAAUUUUAAAAGUGGAUAGGGCGACAUUUAGUUGCAUAAGCGAGGAGGAGACGUUGUGUCGAAUCGAUUGUACGAGUUUCUUUUUCUUUUUUUCAUUUGGUGUUUUUGUUUUUUAUUCUGUUUUUAUUC